AUGGGUGACAAGGCGAUGGCUUCCGUAUUGGAGCGACCCCCGAGUCCCGUCAUCCAAUGGGCCAUCCACGACCAGAAUGGCAUGAAACAUUGCCAGGCUCGCCAACCCAUGCAGCCAUCCCCGAAAGCCCAAGCUUUCGUCUACUGCACUGCACACAUAGCGUACGAUUCAACCACCCAAAAGCUCCAGUCCGUCUCCUGUGAUCUAGUGUAUCCUCCCAUGAGUCCCAUGGCACCUGUCUUGAUUCAGUACCCGGACACCCGCGGGGGGAGCCUGGCACACCCAUUCACUCAACUGGCAACAAAAUGGAACUUGGCUAUGCCUUACCCCUUAAAGGCUGCAACUGCCGAAGCCUCGCAAUUGGCGUUUAGGCGCAUGACUUCCCUACGACUCAACGAAGGGGACAACGAAGGGGACCACGACGUUCAGACGGCAUGA